CUUACUUAGGUUCACACUUAUCGAGCUCCAUUAAGAGCCAUGUUAUGCAGACAGUCAUGGUCACAUAAAAUCAAACUUUUCUUAGUGGACAAGAAAAUAAGAUUCUGAGUUAAAAAAUUAGCAAUAAGAAUCUCAAAGAAUUCAAAUAUAACAGCAAUUACUCAGGAUUCAAAUUCUGAUAGCGGAUUGUUUAACUGACGCCUGCGUGGUAUUGGUCUUCACUCUUGUUUUUCACUUAAUUAAAUUCCGGAAAAGUUCCCUUUUAAGUUCAAGUAAUUUUCAAUAUGAACUCUACAUUGGACGAUUAUACACCACUUUUUCCGCAACCAGAAAUAGAUUUGGUCGAAGUCAUUGCGCAGUACUACGUAGAUUUCAUGGCUGGUAAACUUUCGAAUGCUGAAAUUCAAAAAACUAUUAUUACUGUGUUGGCGUGCAUAUUGUUUGUUCAAGUAGUACGUGGUUUUUAUUGCUAUAAAUGUUUAAGAAAGUAUUUGAGAAGAAAGGUUAAAAAUAUAUAUUUUAAAUUGCUUGGGAUUGACAGCAAAAGUUUGGUUCAAUUUCACGGUUAUGAACAGGAAUUCAGCGACUUCAGUGAUUAUGACAAUGAUGAUUACGGUUUUAUCCCAGAUGACGCAGUUGACACAGGUGUUGCUGAAGAUUCCCAAAUUCAGUUGGGUUCAACACAGAGUCCUGAAACUGAAAUAAGCAUUUCUGAUACAAUUCAAGAGGGUGGCAAUAAUGAAAUUGAUCCUGUUUGUGGUAUCAAAAAUGAAAUCUCUGUCACCGAGAGUCCAAACUCAAAAUUUGAUGAGACUAACAUUUUGGACUGCGAAAUUGUUCCAACUAUAUAUUCAGAAGUUCCUGAUCGUCAGCAAGUUUCACAUGAUAAGAUUUCGAGCGAUAUUACAAACUUAAAGAAAUCAACAACUUCGUUGGAUGAUGCUUUAAAGCCUACUGUUAAAAAAAUUGAGCAACAGAAGAUAGACACUUCUCGAGCAACUGUGCGAUCUCGGUCGAGAAAGAAGAAAUCGAGUUCUAAGCGCGGCAAAAAAUAAACAACUCCUUAAUCGAAAGAUUCAUCAAAACAAGAAACUAACUCAAACACCUUAAGAUAUAAAAGUUCAAAGAUGAAUCUAAAUCAUUAAUAUUAGUAAAAUAUUGAGUUAGCGAUUUUAAUAGAUUCUAGAUUAAUAUUGAACCAGGCAAUAUUACAGUAUUUCCUGAUUGGAAUGUAACUGUGUCUAUACAUUUUAAACACCAAUUUUUUAAAAUUAUUUUUUUUUUUAAAUAUCUUUUUUAAAUUGUUUGUUUUAAAAGGAUAAGCAAUGGAAUAAUAUUGAUUAGAUGAAUACAUAAACAGGUUUUAAAUAUCAAUAGAUAUAAUUACUUCCGAUUGGGUAAAACCAGCUGAAAAAGGAUCAGUCUAUAACAAACCAAUUUAUGGAGAGAAUAAUAAUG